AUGCCUGAAGGUCGCGAGUCUCCUCCUCCUGAACGCCAAUCCGGCCGCCAGCUUCAGGAUCCCACCGGAUCCGGCAAGGCAUCAGAUGCUACCAAAAAAAAUGAGAUAGAUCCUAACCAUCAACUCGAUUGCCUGUCAUCGAACCCCAAAGGACCAAUGGACGACGCACUCGAACACAAGUUUUCCAAGGGAGAAGGAAACUGGACUCCGCUCAACUCUUAG